AUGAAGAAGGUCAUCGUACUGGGUGCUGUUACAUGUGGUAUUUUAACAUUAGAAUUUGGGCCACACUUUUUCCAUCAAAGCGUCGUUUCUAAUUUUAUGCUCAAUACUAAACCUGUUCAACAAGAAACAUUCGAUUUAUGCCAGAGUAUUUGUAGGAAACUUGGUAUUAAUAAAAGCAAUAAAAUUGAAGUUGUUGUUGGAGAAGGAUUUGCAGCUGGAAAUUUAGGAAGUACCAGUUUGCGAAAUGGAGCUGUUCUAAGUCUACCAUAUACAAUGUACUUUGCAACGAGAAAUGAUAUCGAGCGUUCUGGGAUUAUCAAAUCAAGUUAUUUAUCUCGACAUCCAGAUUUAGCUGACAAAUUAAUUCCGUCACCUAAUUGUAACAAGUUUCAAAUGGCUCAUGAGCUAGUACGUUUGAAAUACAAGGACUUUAUAUUAUCUGGUACAAUCUUGCCUGCAUUUUAUUUGCUUGGUUAUGGAGGUUUUGCUUUGUGUAAUAAAUGGGCUCUUCAACGAAGAUUGCGAAUCUUGAAUAAAAUCUUGGUUGCAGUUGGGACGCUGUCCUUUUAUCACAUUGUUACUUCACGUGUAAUGAAUUGGCAAGUUUAUAGAGCAGAUAGAGUUGCAGCCACUAUUGAUCCUACCUACAUGGCAGGUGGUAUUGAAUUCAUGCGGAAAAAUCAACUGUGGGAGAAAGCUUUUCUUAACGGUGCAAUGCCUGAAGCUAGUAUUAUGAUGUUGAUGGGCUACUUAUGGCAUCCACCUUCAGGGGAGAGACUUAAACGAUUGCUUGACUUGAAAAAUUUUACGCCUUACUGUGACGAUAUUGAUUAG